UCACCUUUAUAUUCUCAGUAAUUGUGAACCAUUCAAGAUUGCUUCUUACAGUUGAACUUUUUCACUCUUCAAGAUCAAAACUAAAUCUACCAAAAUAUUAUAACAUUUAUAUUUGCUUAUUAAAAGUUUUUCAUCUCAAGUAAAUUAAAGGCGAAACCAUCAAUUUUAACCAUAAAAAUGAUUCAAUCUGUAGCCAAACACAAUUCAGUCUCACCAUCAUCUUCAGUCCUUCUGAAUGCACUUAUCUUCUUCAUGUCAGUUUCAAUGGUUCAUUCAAACUCUCCAUACAAAUCGGUUGAAACAUUAAGCCCAUUAGAAUUAUCGUAUAACUCCAAUCUCGAGCAGUCCGAGGUUCCACCAAAGAGAUACUCAGAGUUCUUGGGUGGACCCGGAAAGCGAGUCUCAGAGUUUCUUGGUGGACCAGGUAAACGUGCUCCAACCUAUGGAUACGUGAGUGAACAGGGUAAGCAAACGCGUCCACAGUCUGUCUAUUAUUUGGCCAAAAAACUGUCGGAGAUUCUACGAGCUUCCAACGGACCAAACCUUGGACCCUAUCGACCUGGUGGAUCAGAGUUUCUUGGUGGUCCAGGAAGACGAUGAGGAAUACGAAUAAUAAACUAUCCAACAGAAUUUUGGAAAAUGUUGAAACUUUUAUGUAUCCAUCAAACACAUUAUUUCAAGAUUAUGUUGCCAUUUAUAUCCAAUAAUUGGAAAUUUCAGUUCCGUUGUUUGAUGCUGAGAAAAUGCCAGUUUAGAUUGCAAGUUUUAAUUGAUUUCAUUUCCAAUUUUCGACUUUUGUUUCUUUAAUUUUAAUCAGAUUGAAGGAUUUCACGAAUAAAAUAAUGAAAAUGUUUACUCAUUUGUAAUUUAUAAACUUGAUUUGUCUGGUUUGAACCCAAACUCAAUGGGUUUAAACUCAUAAGAGCUAAGAUUCAAAAGAGCUAUUCAUUUGAGUUUUUCAUCGAACUCUAAUGAUUUAAUAUUCGAGUCGUAUUAGCCGUUCGAUUCUUUCAAUCAAACUUCAUUUUGGUUUCGUUAUUCAAUGUUGUGCAUUCAUUCCAGUUACCGCUGAGCUAAGUUUAUCAAUAUCACCUAAAGUCCCAUGUAUUUAGACACUUAUUACACUUUAGCUCUUUGGAGUCUUUGCGGUGUGUUGAGUAGACAUUCAUUGAUUAGCCUGGAGCAAAGAUUAUAUUGGAAAUUUUACAUGUCGAAUGAAUAAGAAUGUCAGAGAUUAACCUUUAAUUUUUCUUUUCUUUCUUUCUUCAAUAAAUCACCACGAAAACAUGCGACAGUUAAAGGUGAGUAAAUGCGAAUCAAUGACUUGUAACUUGUAAAUUUACGAAUAAACUUGAUUAGCUAUAAAAUAAAAUCAUAAU